AUGUUAAAUUAGUAAAAGGAAUGAGAAGAUGACUAUUUCAUUCACUCCAACCGUACACGCUUUAAAAGUUGUCGUUGAUAGAAAGAGAUCAAAUAACAUCGAUACACCAUAAUGCUUGAUCUAAUUAUAAAUAUGUAUGUUGUGAAAGAAAUGUGUUUUGAAUUGAAUAUUUAAUUCCUCCAAUUAAUACUCAAGAAUUAAAAAAAAAUUGAUAACGUGAAAUAGGAUUAGUGUUUUUCUGCCAAGAGUAAAAACCACAUAUUAUAUAUAUAUAUAUAUUUUUUUUCUUUCAAAAAUAAAAAAUAAAAAUAAAAAUUCCAUAAGCUCAAACCACAUGAAACACAUGCUUAUCUGGCAUUCAAAUAACCAUAUCUUAUUUUAAUUUUUUUUAUCUGGCAACGUGGAAGUUGCUAUACACGAAGUCACAAAAUGCCAAAAACAGUCAUUUCAAUCUCCAAAUUAUCUGACUCAACCAAAGUGGCAUCUCAAUCUUCGAAUAAUAAGGGCACAAAUUACAGAUGCCUGAUUCGCUCCCUGGCUAGGCCAGCCAUGUAGUAAGCACCAAUGAGUCAAAACUCUCUUCUUCUCCCCGGAAGAAUGAAGCCCCACACCCACAUCACCACCACUAAUUUUAAUUCUGUAGCUGCGCCAUACCCUCCUACACGACGCCGUUUCCCUUCCUUAACUCGCCACGUCACAUUAUCCCUCAAUGCUCAAUACAACCGCGAGGAUGCUCGCCGUCGCUCCUCCUCCGCCGAAUAUUCCGUCGCUCGGAGAGCCGUUUUACUCACUCCCUUCCUCGCCGCCGCCGGCUCUUGCCUCCAACAAUCACCGUAUUUGCAUUCAAUGGCCGAGGAAAUGACGUCACCUUCCCCGCCGUCGACUCUGCCUCCUCCCAAGGUGGUGCAAGAGGAGGAGGUAGUCUCGGCGAGGAUAUACGACGCGACGGCUAUAGGGGAGCCGUUGGCGGUGGGGAAAGAUAAGAAGAAAGUGUGGGAGAAGUUGAUGACCGCGAGGAUUGUUUAUUUAGGGGAAGCUGAGCAAGUUCCGAUUAGAGAUGAUAAAGACUUGGAGCUUGAGAUUGUUAAGAAUUUAAAAAAACGGUGUGUCGAAAGCGAGAGGCCGUUGGCUUUGGCUAUCGAAGCUUUUCCUUCCGAUUUACAAAAACAACUCAAUCAGUUCAUGGAUAAAAGGAUAGAUGGAGAAGAAUUGAAAUCUUAUGUUUCACAUUGGCCAGCUCAAAGGUGGCAGGAGUAUGAGCCUCUUUUAAAUUAUUGUCGCGAUAAUGAAGUUCGCCUUGUUGCUUGUGGAACUCCAUUAAAGAUCCUAAGGACUGUGCAAGCUGAAGGUAUUCGUGGCCUCUCCAAGGCUGAGCGUAAUGUAUAUGCCCCUCCAGCUGGUUCUGGGUUCAUCUCAGGCUUUAGUUCUAUUUCACGCAGAUCAUCAAUGGAUAAUCAUUUCCCCACUCAGUCAAUUCCAUUUGGUCCAAGUUCAUAUUUAUCUGCACAAGCAAGAGUGGUAGAGGAAUAUAACAUGACCCAAAUUAUUCUAAACGAAGUUGCAGAUGAAGGAGGUACUGGUUUGUUAGUAGUGGUAACAGGUGCAAACCAUGUCCAAUUUGGUUCCAGAGGGACGGGGGUGCCUGCCAGAAUUUCAAAGAAGAUUCAGAAGAAGAACCAAGUAGUUUUACUCCUUGAUCCUGAAAGGCAGUACAUAAGAAGAGAGGGAGACGCCCCUGUCGCUGAUUUUUUGUGGUAUUCUGCAGCCAGACCAUGCAGUAGAAAUUGUUUUGAUCGUGCUGAAAUUGCUAGAGUUAUGAAUGCAGCUGGCAGGCAGCGAGAUGCCCUACCCCAGGACCUUCAAAAGGGACUUGACCUUGGUUUAGUAUCUCCCGAGGUCCUGCAGAACUUUUUUGAUUUGGAGCAAUAUCCUCUUAUUUCAGAGCUCACCCAUCGCUUCCAGGGUUUCAGAGAAAGAUUGUUAGCAGAUCCCAAAUUCUUGCAUAGAUUAGCUAUAGAAGAAGCUAUAUCGAUAACAACUACUCUCUUGGCACAGUAUGAGAGGCGUAAAGAAAAUUUCUUUGAAGAGCUUGACUAUGUAAUUACGGAUACAGUCCGGGGAUCAGUUGUUGAUUUUUUUACUGUAUGGCUCCCUGCCCCAACUAUCUCAUUCCUCUCAUAUGCUGAUGGAGUUGACAACAUGGAUGCAUUAAAAGGUCUCCUUGGUUCAAUACCUGAUAAUGCAUUUCAGAAGAAUCUUGCAGGGAAGGACUGGAAUCUCAGUCACAGAUUAGCAUCUGUGCUCGUUGGUGGUCUGAAACUGGCUAGUGUUGGAUUUAUUUCUAGCAUUGGGACUGUGGCUGCCUCAAAUAUUUUGUAUGCGAUACGCAAAGUUCUCAAUCCAAAAUUGGUUUCUGAGCAACAAAUUAGAAGAUCACCGAUACUCAAAACAGCUGCUGUUUAUGGAUGCUUUCUAGGGACAUCUGCAAAUCUUCGUUAUCAGAUCAUUGCUGGAAUUGUGGAGCAUCGCAUUUCUGAUGAAUUUUCUUCUCAAACAUUACUUGUGAAUAUGCUUUCUUUUGUUGUUCGGACUGUCAACUCCUACUGGGGAACUCAGCAAUGGGUUGAUCUUGCUCGCUUUUCGGGACUGCAAACUCGGAAGAAUAAACCAACUUCUUACCAGACUCCAGAUUCUCCUAAUCCUGCUGCAUUGGAAUGCAACACUGCAGAAGAGGCCAAUAUUGAUGAAUUAAAGAAUCAGUGAGUAAAAUUCCAACAUUAAUUCUUACAAAUUAAUGGAGAAUGCAAGGAUGGCAUUCGAGCAUUAGCCGCAAAUGCAUUGCGAGUACAUUGAUUCAAUACAGCUUCAAAUUGUCUAAUAACAGAAUGAAUGGCUGCACCCUUGAUUUGAAACCUUUUCUCCAAAACAAGUUAUGUUGACUUAAGGGCUCUUCUGUAAUCUAUUCGGUUUUGUAGAGUUUAGCAUCAGGGAAAUUAGCUUGUCUUGUAAAGCCACUGCUAUAGUUUGCAGUUACGAAUCUUCACCAUGUCCUUAGAUCCACCAUGGGAGUCUAUCUGUUGCUAGCAACGCAGGAAAGCUCUUGACAUUUUAUUCAACUAUAUCUGUAUCAUCUGCCCAUUAAACAUAACAUACAUUCAGGAGAAAAAUUUUGGAAAAUUUAGACUUCGGGCUCAAAUAUUGGUUUGGCAUUUUGAAUGCGUCCCUCAAGAGUCCACAGUUCCUUUCAUUGUUUUAUUCUUCUCAUUGUGUUAUGUAAUAUUUGCCAUGAGUGAUUUUAUAACCUCUAGCUGGAUAUGCUGAUUGUGCUGACUGUAUUAAGCUCUGAGUUUAGAAAUUUGUGGUUUCUAAUUUCAUGCUAUUCAUUUUGGGCUUAGCUCAAGCUGUGGGGGGGAGGACUAGGGGGAGAUUGGUAAAGUAUACUCCUUGUAACAAAAAGAAAAAGCUAAAAAAACAGAUU